ACUUACUUCAUUGUAAAAUAAAGUAAUAACAUUGUUGAUGCGUUUGUCGUUACUACUCUUUUGUUUUUUAGUGUGUGUCUAUUGCUCAUGCGUAACCGUGCCAAGUUGCAAAUUUACGCGCGAAACCUAACUCUUGGUUCUUGCCACCUGUUGAUCGCUCCGCCUCUCUGAAGUGGGUGUAUUCCAAUCGCAAAUUAUUACUUGAUUUUGCUCCUAAGUCAGAAGACAUCAUGUCUGUGACAACGGAAGAAAUUAUAGAAGAAUUCGAAACGUUUGGUAUUGAUGUUCAGAGCGACUCAAUUUUAUCACGCUGUCUUGAUCUUUGCAGCCGUUAUGACCUGGCAGCAGAUCAGCUGGCAGCAAGCUGGCUGGGUUUUGCUGCUACCAAGUCACUGGAUGACAUGUCUUUGGAACUGCUCAGUGAUUUUGAGCGCGAACAGCUGAGCAAGAAGAAGACUUCUACCAACCCAUUUGCCUCUACAAAAGGCCCGUGCUAUCCUGCCUCCUUCAUUGAUGAAUUGAUGGCUCAUGAGGAUAUUAUCGUCUCAUAUGGGGCUUCGCCAAUUGCAUCUAAGGUGGCAAAUAGUCGCCAGGCCUCGUGCUCGCCUGCCACUCCUGUUUCUAAGUUCAAUGAGAAAAAUGGAAGGCCUCCAAGCACUCCUCCCAGCCGUAGACUGACUGCUUCACACCACUUGUAUCUAUCGCCCAGUGUUGCAGUUCCGUCUGAGAGAUACAGCACUCGAAACAACUCGGGAGCUGUGGUCUCUACCUAUAUCUCUCAAGGCACGGCAGCUCCUGACUUUACCACCAAGGAUUGGACUGCUAAUAUGGAACUCCCUAUUGAGGUGCAGGUAACCAGCAUGCAGAACUGUCGCGGGCGCCUCAUGUUCGAGAAGCUGCGCGAGUCCGCUGCGAUUGCAGAUGACGUCAUCAUGCACAUGGCCGAGCAGCUCGAGCCUGCGUUCGGGGGUGCCGGCUGCUGGGGGCCUAUGGAUACGCCUUCUAAUGAGGCAAUUAACUGUGUGGGCCGUGUGUGCUGCGACAGCGUGGGCAAGCUCAACGCGGCGUCGGUGUUAUUGGAAGGUUCACGCGAGCUGUCGGGGGCUGUAAUGCUGCCGCUGGACCUCUCCAAGCUCGACUCUUAUGCGCUUUUCCCUGGACAGGUGAUUGGUGUGAGUGGCGUGAACAGUACAGGCAACUUGCUAGUGGUGGAGAAACUUAUAGCUGGGCGUGUGCCUGAGCUGCCUGAACAUCCCAUUUCCCUCAAAGGUACUUUGGAAAUCGUAAUUGCUUCUGGACCCUUCACAACAAGCGAUAAUCUUCUCUACGAGCCCCUACAAGACCUGCUUGAUACCAUUGCCAAGUCACCUCCUCAUGUGCUCGUACUGCUGGGUCCAGUACUUGACGCCAGUCAUCCUCUGCUGAGUGAAGGCAGCGUCAAUGAAACCUUUCAAGCUGUCGUCAACAGGGCCAUCUCCUCUGUCACUAAUGCAUUAUCCAAGUGCAACACGAAGAUUUUCAUAGUUUCCUCGUCUCGAGAUGUGACUGCUAGCUGCGUGUAUCCUACACCACCGCUUUCGGCACCCGUCUCCCCUCGACUAACCCUCGUCUCCGAUCCUUCUCUACUCGUGAUCGAUGGCGUGGUCAUAGCCGUCACUGCCCAAGACGUGAUCAUGGACAUCGGCAAAGAGGAACUAGCUUACCCUAGUCAGCAAGGCGAUCGGAUCCAUCGUUUAGUGCACCACGUGCUGGCGCAGCAAUCUCUGUACCCAGUCUAUCCUUCUCCCGAUCACGUGGCUGUUUCUCCAUCUCUUCUUCAAGCCCACGCUAGCCUCAACUUCAAGCCACAUAUCCUCGUCGUGCCUUCAGACCUUCGAAACUUCGUGAAGAACGUCUUUGACUGCGUAGUUGUGAAUCCUGAGCGGUUGUGCAAAGGCAAGAGCGGCGGAUGUUACGCACGGCUCGAGAUAAUACCACCAUCAGAAAAUAACGCCUCUGUGCCAGAGGUAGAAGCCGCUGUCUACAGAGUCUAAAUCUCAACUACGAGCAGUACGUAAUUGAAGACGUACAGUCGACAAUGUGGGCUCAAACUUGAUAAUUUUUUUAUACAAGCCAGAGUAAAUCGUGAUAUCGAAAAUGUAUUAACAAGUGAGCUCAGUGUGUUUCAUUCCAUUUAACAAAAAGGACAAUGAAAACGAUGCAAUGGAAACGCGAAAAUUGAAAUGGGAAUAAAGUUUUCAUACACUGAUACAAACGUUCAUGUUUUGAGAAAUUAAAACUUGCAAAUAUUUUACAGUUCACACUGAAGAAACAAGAUGUGCGAGACGUUAUUUUCUAAUAAUGUUCCUUAAUAAUAAACAACUACCUAAUAUU